GUCAAGUUGACCUGGAGGGGUUGAAGCUGAAACCCGGGGCUCUAGACCGGUUCGACAUGCCGCUGGAUGUGACCAGAGGCCAUAUCGAGCACUUGGAAAUGCGCAUACCUUGGAAUCAUCUCAAGUCGCAACCUGUGGUGAUUGUAAUCACUGGCCUUUAUGCCGUGUGCAAACCCCGUACAGAAACGAAG